CGCACCGGCCGUGAGUCUGGCGCCGCUCGCGACCUGCACGAAAAUCGAUGCACGAUCUGCAAACGACAUUCAUCACAAAUUAACCAUCAAACGAGCCGCAGCAACUAUUACGAAGGCCGGCGACUGACGACUACAAUUAUUCAGAUGAUACUAGUCCAACAUAUAAAAUAUUAUAAAAUGUCUAGCCCCAUAACUCGCCAUUCGUAGCUAUAAAGACUAAAAAUGCAAUUAUAGCAACCCGUUUUGAACAUAAAGACAGAUUUAUUCACGUAUGAUUGUGUGUGGACCUUGAGUGCGCCGAGUGAGACCUUCACGCCGGUAACCGCGCGGAAGUUGACGGGGCGUAAAUUGAUCGUGACCAUCGCAUCUUUCGCGCUACAUCGUCCGCGGAACCGUGCGAAUUUGUGCAAUUUUAACGAAACCUUCGACCUAGUGCAGUGAGUUUCUAGUAAUGUGAGGAUGCUUGUGCGUGGUCAUGUCGAGCGUGGCGAAAAAAGACAAGCCGACGAUGUCGGUGACGGCGCUGAUCAACAGGGCUUGGCCGUUGACGCCGGCGCCGCACCAGCAGCAGUCGAUGCCUUCUUCACAGCCCUCUAACUUCCUGCAGCCACUGGCUACGCCCUCUACCACACCCAGCGUUGAGCUUGACAUACAAUGGCUGAACAUAGAGCCGGGGUUUAUGUCGCCGAUGUCGCCGCCCGAGAUGAAACCAGACACGGCAAUGCUCGACGGACUCCGAGACGAUUCGACGCCACCCCCUGCCUUCAAGAACUACCCUCCCAACCAUCCUCUGAGCGGCUCCAAACACCUCUGCUCUAUAUGUGGUGACAGAGCUUCGGGAAAACAUUACGGCGUGUACAGUUGCGAAGGUUGUAAGGGCUUUUUCAAACGGACAGUAAGGAAAGACCUCACGUACGCGUGCCGCGAGGAUAGGAACUGCAUCAUUGACAAACGUCAAAGGAACCGUUGUCAGUACUGCCGCUAUCAGAAAUGUCUGGCGUGCGGCAUGAAGAGGGAGGCGGUGCAAGAAGAGAGGCAGAGGGCGGCGAGAGGCACCGAGGACGCCCACCCAAGUAGCUCCGUGCAAAAUGUGAAUCCGCAGGAGCUGUCGAUCGAGCGGCUGCUAGAGAUUGAGUCGCUGGUCGCGGACCCGCCCGAAGAGUUCCAGUUUCUUCGCGUGGGUCCCGAAAGUGGCGUACCAGCCAAGUACCGCGCACCUGUCUCUAGCCUCUGUCAGAUAGGCAACAAACAGAUAGCGGCGCUAGUGGUGUGGGCGCGCGACAUUCCACAUUUCGGACAGCUGGAGCUCGAGGAUCAGAUACUGCUCAUCAAAAACUCAUGGAACGAGCUGCUUUUGUUCGCGAUCGCUUGGAGAUCUAUGGAGUACCUCACGGAUGAACGAGAGAACGUCGACUCGCGAAGCACCGCGCCGCCACAACUCAUGUGUCUAAUGCCAGGCAUGACGCUGCACCGCAACUCGGCGCUGCAGGCGGGCGUGGGGCAGAUCUUCGACCGCGUGCUGUCGGAGUUGUCGCUGAAGAUGCGCACGCUGCGCAUGGACCAGGCCGAGUACGUCGCGCUCAAGGCCAUCAUACUGCUCAACCCAGACGUAAAAGGACUAAAGAACAAACCGGAAGUGGUGGUUCUGCGUGAAAAGAUGUUCUCGUGCCUGGACGAGUACGUGCGGCGGUCGCGCUGCGCGGAGGAGGGUCGGUUCGCGGCGCUGCUGCUGCGCCUGCCCGCGCUGCGCUCCAUCUCGCUCAAGUGCUUCGAGCAUCUCUACUUCUUCCACCUCGUCGCCGACACCAGCAUCGCCUCCUACAUACACGACGCGCUGCGCAACCACGCGCCCUCCAUCGACACCAGCAUACUGUAGACUCGCAAACACCGCCACACCGCUCGUUACAUGCGAUCUGUUGCGUGCUGCGGUUGCGGCUUGUAGUUUAACGAUCUUUGGCUUGAAGGUACUCAAUGAGUAAUAUUUUUUUCAUAUCGAAAAAAUUGGAGCGUUUACUCGUUGACAUCGUAUCCAAAGGGCGUUUUAAGGCUAUAUUGCCACGAGAUUAUAAAGGCGUGUUGGGUCUCUUUCGUGGAUAGUUUGAUCGAACCAAACCACGAUGGUCUAGUGUGUCCACGUCGACGGAUUUAUUGUGCAGCUUGUUUUUUUUAACCAAUGAAGUAUUGCUUGGGAAGUAAAUGACAUUGAUCAUAAUGCGCGCUUCUAAUACAUCUGCCCCCUUAGAAUGUGCAUAAAUUACGACACUAGAACCCGUGUCGGUUAAUUGUGAUUGGUUGAUGGAUCAGCACGUGACUCCCGCGUUAGUCCCUCAACCAAUUACAAUGAUUACAUUUAAACGACACGACCCUUCGUGUCGUAUUUGUUAUGUCACAUUCUAUGGUGUAUUUAAAAAAAGAGGUUUCAAUUGAAUAAUUACAAGCGCCUUUCAAAAUGAGAUACGUUCAACGGGUGUUGACUACACAUAAAUUCUAUGAAAACGAAUAAAACAUAACAUCAUCGCUUGUUUUUAAAUCACGAAUGUAAUCAACGCUUUCAAUCUGUCACAUGCAUAUCAUUUAGAUGUCAUCUAAAACGAAGCGAAUACAUAAUGAAAUCCAUUUUAUAAAUAUAAAAUUUAUCUUUGAACCAUUGCUAUUCCGUUACACUGAGUAACAUUCGACGAGCGACGGCCUUCGUUAUGGGUAUAGUUAUUAUAUAAUGCUUUUUAAUACGUGAAGCUACUUGUAAAUGUUCAGUGUACCUUUUUGCUGUAGUCGGAUAUUUCUGAACUAGUUCUAUAAGGUUUAAUAUGUAAAGGUUAAAUAAUAUAAAUGUUAUCGAUACUACAUAUAGCCUCACGUUUGGAGAACAUAGUGAAUUUAGGUGUAUCGUGAAGUUAUAGCUGUUUCUGAAUUUAUAAGUCUGUUUAGUGUGAUAAGCGUGGUUGCUACAGGCGGCCGCGCUGCAGCCCGAUGCAUCUAAUGGAGUUGAUAUAAGAGCGUUUUUGUGUUAUGAUUUUGGAUACAGGUGUUCCGCGCUAGAACACCUUUUCGCAUUGGCUCACUCUUCACGUGUUUUCUAUAUUGAGUUAACAGAAGAUUGCUAAAUGCUUGUUUGGGUAUAGAUACCAAAGUACGUUGUUUUCUUUUAGUGUUUGGACGGAAAUUCAUUGGCUAAUUUUGAUCAUUUAUAUGAUAAAGUAAAUGCUAGCUUCGAUCGCGUUUUCAAAACGUUUGAGAACUCGUUUCUUUAUCAACUUUGACGUUAAAAUGUUAGCGAGUUCGUCUACACACGAACAUUGCAGCUCCACUAUGGUGUAGUGAUGUUAUCGGAGUCCGCGCGACACAAGCGCUCGGCCACACUCGGUGCGCGUUGAAUCUCGCGGCGUGCGCACGCGCACGAGAGCUGCACACUGACGUGCGUAAUAGUGUAAAUGAGGCCGCCUCUUUAUUAUUAAAGUUACGUAGUCUAUAGCGAAACGUAAUUAGUCUAUCAUUUUAUUAGAGAAUUUUAUUCAAGUAGAUGUUCAUAGUGAAUUAAUAUAAUGUUAGAUUAAUAAAAUUGCUCUUUUAACAUUUACCAAAUCUUCUCAAAGCACGUAUAUUUUAAUCUUGUAUAUCGUGGCAGACGAGCCGCCCGCGUUCGUGUUAAGGCAAACUAGACGUUAUGGAUAUGUUAAGUGAACUGCGUGACACCAUGUGCGAAGUAACUUGCAACGUUCUAUUGAAAUACAAAUAUUGGUGCUUCAUAACACAUUUUAGAUGUGCAUAUCAAAUAUGCAUCGUAAUCAUGAAUUUUAUUGUUACUUGGAAAUAUCGAUAUUUUUCUCUACUGUUAGUAUGUAACGAGUUAUUUGUAAAUAUAUCAAUUCGUGUACAAUUUAUUGUUAGUUUAUGCAUUAAUAAUUUUAUAUAAAUGUAAUCCUCACCAAACGGGUGGUGGGAUAUGUGGUCAGGAAGGCCUACGCGAGUGGUUCUAAAUGGUAAACAAAUGCUGGUAUAUGGAUGGUUUAUUUUUGUAUAUCGUGCACACUAACAACUUAGUUAACCAGUAUUAAAUAGACUAAACCGACAAACUGAAAUUCACGAUAGAUAUUAAUUAAAAGUUUUAAUAUCUUGUCAUAAUUGGUGUAUACAGAUUCUAUAGAAGUCUUAGACUGUGUAGCGAAGCUCAAUUUACGUCUACAGAGGUGUAUAAAGAAAUAUUUUUGCUCUGUAAAGCUUUUGACUAAUGUUUUCAGUACAUUCUUUAGGACUUGUUGAAAAUUAUAAACAAAGGUUAUAUGAAAAUUGGAAGGUUAAUAAUUGACAUGAUAUUUUAUGAAUGGGUUCGACGGAGAUGUUGCAGCGGUUGUGAGAUGUUUUAUUAUAAUGUUCACUAAUAUCUGGCUAAGUUUAAGUUAUAUUUUUUGUAUAGAAAUAGCUUUAAAAUGAAUGGUGAUUAAAACUAUUAUCACAAUAA